AACCAAGUCCUCCGUCAUUCGUGCUGACCAUGUAAUUCUCAGGGUUCUCGAAUCCUGCCUGAUCAUUCUCUACUUAGUCCCACGAACACAGACGCGCGUUCCCUAUUAUCAGAGCAAGCCCUUCCAUACUUCAAAUAGAAGGCUCUGUGAAUCUGGAGCUGAGCCUGCCUUCACCCCCCGCUUUGUUAAGUACCUUCUCGAGUUGUCCUCGCAGGCUCAGCCUGUGACCGAGCCAGAGCGAGUAGGCCAGUGGGUCUCGAGGGAGCGCAGGAUAAGCUAUUCUACCGUCAGGGCGGCGGUGGCUGGUGUUCCUGAAUCGGGUCCAGUUGCGAGGCGCACAGCGUAGGUUCAGCUGAGGCUAGGUGGCAUGCGAUGGGCGUCAGGGAGGUUUAAGGUUGAGGCGGUGCUGUUGACACUAGGUCGCGUCGUCGCUCCGACUUCAUUAGGGCCUCGUGCACGCCGAAGCGGAGCAGCAGCGGCGAGCAGGGGAGCAGAGGCACAGGCGUUCAGCCCGUGAUAGCAGAUCUACUAGCAGAUCCGCUCAACACCCUCGUUCUGCUUUCUCCUUCCCCAUUGCCCUUGACCGCCCUUCGUCAGGUCGCAAGUUCCCGUCCACGCGUCCCGCACUUCUGCUGGGGUUUCUCGUCCCGACUCGCGGAUGUCGCCGACAGGUCUCUUGUGACAUUCGCCCUCCGCACUUCCCUUGGGGUUUUUCCACGGUGCCUCGCAUGGGGUAGCUCGCUCUGUCGUCCCUUGGCGGGAAACAGGGCCAGACGGGUGCAGCAUCAGGGGAGGGGGAAGGGAGGGAGGGGGAGUGCAGGGUGCAGAGCUGGGAAUAAGAGCAGCGAACGGUCAACGGCAGCAGAGCCGCCGGGAACGCCGUAACACGUAGACAAGAUCGGGUUACCUCCAGGGGGGAAUGGAUGACCUCGAGCGAGCCAUUCUCUUCAGCUUCGACCAAUCAGGAGCCGUCGACGUGUCACUCCGCGCACGUGCGCACGCUUUCUGCGCGGAGGCCCGGCGCUCCCCGCAGCUAUGGCGCGUCUGCGUGGACCGCCUGAUCUCGUCGCGCUACCCCGAGGUGCAGUUCUGGUGCCUGCAGGCGCUCGAGGAGCUGCUGCUGCGCCAGCGCCUGCAGGCGGACGGCCAGGCGCAGCCACAGGGGGGAAUAUCUCCAAGUGGCGGCCCCGUGGCUGCUGACGGCGCUGGCGCAGGGGCGGAUGGCGAGUGUCUUCCGCCCGAGGCGCUGGCGGAGCUGCGGGAAACCCUCAUGGCAGUAGCCUUCCGGUGCCCCGUGGUCUCGGGGCUGACGCCAGGGGCGGAUGGGCAGGCGGGGGGAGCAGCGGGGGCGGGGGUGCCUCUGUGCGCGGCGUGGGCGGUGUUCAUCCGCAAUAAGGUGGCGCAGGUGAUCGUGCUGCUCAUCCGCCUGCACUACCCCGCGCCCUGGCCCUCCGCCUUCGACCCCAUCGUCGCCGCGCUCAUGGCAGUCGGCGCAGCCGCCAACCCCCAAACCGCCUCUGCCGGCAGUAACACGGUCGCCGCCAGCAGCAGCGGGGAGGGCGCGGGCGCGUGGAGCCUGGUGUGUGUGGACAUGGCGUGCCGCGUGCUGGCGGCGCUGGACCAGGAGGUGCUCAGCAUCGAGUACGCGCGCACGCCCGAGGAGUCGGCAGCGGCUAUGAGAGUCAAGGACGGCAUGCGCGAGGGGUGUGUUGCGCCGCUCGUGCACGCCUGGUACUGCGCUGCCGUCGCCCUGCUCACGGCGCUGGGGGCGGGGGGAGAAGGCGGAGGAGGAGGAGGGGUAGGGGCGCAGCAGGGCGGAAUGCAGGGGAGUAACGGGGCGGGCGAGAGAGGAGGGGAGGUGGUGUUGAGGGACGGGCGAGGGAGCGCGGUGAGCAGGGACGAGGCAGUGGCGUGUGUGGCGUCGCUGCUGGAGACCCUCCAGCCGUACGUGGCGUGGAUGGAUAUCGGGCUCGUCGCCGACUCCCGGUGGCUGCCGCUCCUCUUCGGCCUCCUGGCGUCGCAAACCAGCGAGGUGCGCCUCAGAGCCGCGGCGUGCGGGUGCAUCCUCGCUAUAGUGAACAAGCGCAUGGACGCGGUGAGCAAGAUCUCCCUGCUGCAGCGGGUGCAGAUCGGGCAGGUGGCGGGCGUGCGCCUGGUGGAGGAGAUAGCCGCGCGCGACGAGGGGCUGACGCUGCGACUAGCGGAGCUGCUGACGGGCGGCGCCACGGAGAUCAUGGAGUGCAUCAAGAAGCUCGAGGCGGGGGGGACUGGCGGGGGGCUAGGCGGACGGGCGGAGUCAGUUGGGCAGGGGUUCGGGAUGGAGGAGGGGAAGGGCGCGGGAGGCGGCGAGGGGGGAGGAGGGGAGGCGUCGGAGUCGGUGGCGGUGGCGGCGACGGCAGCGGCGCAGGGCAUGCUGGACUCGAUUCUCCCUGCUGUGUUCUUCCUGGCGCAGCGGCACCCCGACGAGGACGUGUCCGCCAACUGCUUCCAGUUCCUCCUCUUCUUCGUCGCCGACAUGCGCCGCGUCGGCGGCGCCAGCAGCAGAAGCGCCGCUGCCCUGGCCGCCACAGCGGCAGCAGCUGGCGCAGCGGAGGCAGCGGCAGCAGCAGUGAGGGAGCGGCAGGAGCAGCAUCUGCGGCAGGUGCUGCUGGUGGUGGGCGAGCGCAUGCGGUACCCUGAGAGCAGCUGCGAGGCGCUGGACGCGCCGAGCAAGGAGGGCUGGGAGGAGGAGGAGCGCGUGGCGGAGCAGCGCAAGGACCUCUUCGUGCUGCUGCGCUCCGCUGCCAAGGUCAACCCCGCCGUCGUGCGCUCCUUUGUGCAUGAAACCCUGGCGGCAGCGCUGGGGCGCGGGGCGCACGCGACGUUUGCGGAGACGGAGGCGGCGGUGCAGCUGCUGUACCAGCUGGGCGAGGGCGUCACCGAGGAGGCGCUCAAACCCGGCAGCGGCGCGCUCGGCGAAAUGACCGCGCUGCUGCUCUCCUCCUCCUCCUCCGCGCCCGCCCAGCAGCAGGGAGCAGGCGGGCAGGCGGCAGGGGCGGGGGGUGGAGGGGUGAGGUUCAGAGGGCACCGGCUGGUGGCGCUGGCGUGGCUGGAGGUGAUCGUGCGGUACGUGCGGUUCGUGCAGCAGCACCCCGAGUACAUCCCCGCGGCGCUAGAGGCGUUCCUGGGGCCGUACGGGGUGGGGCACGGCAACGCUGCGGUGGCGGGCAGGGCAGCGUACCUGCUGAUGCGCGUGGUGAAGGUGCUGCGGCAGCAGCUGCUGCCGCUGCUCGACUCCAUCCUCAUGGGCCUGCAGCGCAUGCUAGAGGCCAUCACGUCCGCCACUCCCACGCCGCCACCAGCAGCGGGCAAAGCGGGAGGCGCGCAGGGCAGGGGAGGGGGGCCUUUUGCACGAGGGGAGGGGGCCUUUGACGACCGCAUCUACGCAUUUGAGGCAGUGGGGCUGCUAUUGGCCCAAGAGGAGGUGCCAGCUCAGCAGCAGGCGGCGUGCUUAUCAGCGCUGCUCACGCCGCUUAUCGCACGGGCAGACGCCUUGUCACAGGCGGCACAGGCGGCAGAAGCAGGGGGAGGGGGUGCGGAGGCAGCAGCAGGCAUGGUGGCGGCGCUGCAGCAAGUGAUCAUGGCCAUGAGCUACCUCUCCAAGGGCUUCGCAUCGCACAUGGUGACCACGGCGCGUCCGGAGUUGGCGCACCACUUCAAGCGCGCUGUGGAGUGUGUGCUGCGCGUGCUGCACGCCUUGCCACGCAGCCGACCCACUCGCACCAAGGUGAUAUCCUUCCUGCACCGCAUGGCGGACUGCCUGGGGCCGCACGUCAUCCCCUUCCUGCCACAAGCCCUGCCGCUCCUCCUCGCGCACUGUGAGCCGCGGGACAUGGUGGAGUGCUUGCAGCUGCUGUCUCUGCUCACCGCCAAGCACCGCUCGCACAUGGCGCCCAUUGUCGACGCCCUGCUAGCCCCCCUCUUCACCCGCCUCGCCCUUCUCCUGCCCUCCUCCCUGCCGUCACUCAUGGGCCCUCCCUCCACAGCCUCUGAUGCCUCUGGCACCCCGGAGGAGGUGAGGGAGCAGAGGGAGGUGCUGCGGGCGGUGAUCAUGCUGCUGCACGGCAUCACCAUGGCGGACCUGCACGCCGCCUUCCUCUCGCCCGCCAACGCCUCGGCAGUGCUGCCGCGCGUCAUCUCGCUGCUGCUGGACGCCGCGUCCCUCCAUGCCGACAUCGCCCUGCGCAAGGUCGCUGUCGCCUGCUUCAUCCGCUUCGCCUCCGACUGGUGCUCCGUGGAACCCGAGAAGGCGCCGGGCUUCCGCGCCUUCCUGGUCGACCAGUUUGUGGCCACGGCGUGCCUGGUGCCGUGCGUGCAGCCAUCCUUCUCCCUGCAGGACGCCAACUCCGCUCUCCUGGUGAACGACAUCUCUCUCGCCCUGCUGGCUCUGCACCACACGUGCGGCCAGCUGCUCCUAGACCGCCUCCUCUCCUCCCUGCUGCCGUCCCUCAACUGCCCGCCCGCUGUAGCCGCCAACUUCUGUACCCAGCUGCAGAGAGGAGAUGCAAAGAUUGCCCGCGAUGCCUUUAGAGAGUUAUUAAUUCAGCUGCGUGCACAACAUGCACCCACACAAGGCAACAUAGCAAUGGCUCCACGAGGUUUUGGUUAGUGUUGAUUGGCUUGUGGAAUUUUGUUUUGGUGCAUUUCUUGGUUAAUUGAUAAAGGCCUCUCCCGUUCAAUU